AUGACGUGCAGACUGAGCAAGCGUCCUGUCUUCAAUGAGGUGCACCAGUCGGAAAUCUUAUCGCAUCCUGGUACGUUGUGACAGAAAAAAGAUUUGUCGGUCGCAAUCAAAAUGGUGAAGCAAUAGCAUAACACAUACAGUUUUGCUUAAGGAGGGGCGAUUGCUGCCAUAAGCCAGGGUUUUCCUCAGGUUGACUGACUUUAUCUCUAAAUUUCCAGGAUGGCAGAUAGAAAGGGAAAACCAGCUACUCCACUGAAAACACUUUCCAAAAAAGAUCAAGAAAAGCGAAAGAAAAAGGAAGAAGAGAAAGCAGCUGAGAUUUUUGAAGAAUUUCUGGCAUCCUUUGAGACCAGUGAAAAAGGCAAAGUGAAGACUUUUGUCCAUGGAGGAAUUGUGAAUGCCACUGAAGAGGAAGAUGCCGCAGAUGUCAAGAAAAGUAAGCUGUACCGACCUGCUACAAAGUUUGCUACUGUGUCUCAGCAUGUCUCACCAGCACCGUCUGCUGAAAGCAAAAAAGCUGCAUUUAAAAAAAGAGUAGAUGACAAGAAGAAGAGUAAUCUUGAACUGUUCAAAGAAGAACUUAAGCUAAUACAAGAGGAGCGCGAGGAGAGACAUAAAAGGAAGAAAAGUGACCCUGGUGGAGAAGGAGGAGGGGGAGGGGGAGAUGUGGACUUACCAUUAUCUGGACGAUCAAUGUUGUACGACGACCUGACUGCGCCAGUGACCACCAACCUCUACAUUAACUGCAUCAGCCAAAAGAUGAAUGAGGAGAUGCUCUGCAGGGAGUUUAGUAAAUAUGGUCCCCUGGCCAGUGUUAAAAUUAUGUGGCCGAGAACAGGCGAGGAGCGCGGCAGGCCUUCAAACAGAGCCUUUGUGGCAUUUAUGACAAGGAAGGAUGCAGAGAAGGCCAUGGCUGCUCUUGAUGGUAAAGUGGUUAUGGGCUUUGAAAUGAAACUGGGAUGGGGCAAACCAGCCCGCAUUCCGCCACAGCCUCUUUUCACACCGGUUGGGGUAAGAGCUGCACCACCACCUCCAUCUGGUCUUCCUUUUAAUGCCCAACCGAGGGAUCGCUUUCGCAAUGACUUCACCAAGCCUCUGGGCAUGUCCAAAACUGAGCUUGACAAGACUCUGUCCGAAGCCGUAGUCAAAGUGGUUAUCCCAAGUGAAAGGAAUCUAUUAUUCCGUAUUCACAGAAUGGUAGAGUUUGUGGUGCGUGAAGGUCCUAUGUUUGAAGCCAUCAUAAUGAACAAAGAAAAAAACAAUCCAGAUUAUAGGUUCCUUUUCGAAAACAAAAGUCAAGAUCACGUGUACUAUCGCUGGAAACUCUUUACUAUCCUCCAAGGAGAGACUCCGACCAAGUGGAGAACAACUGAUUUUCGUAUGUUCCGAGGAGGCUCAUUAUGGCGACCGCCCAUUUUAAACAGCUUCCCUGAGAGACCUGAAGAGAGCACAGUGGUAGAGGAUGAAGUUAUCAUAGAAGAGGAGGUGAAAAAAGGACAACUCAGAGCUGAGCACAAACACAGGCUGGAGACGCUUCUAAAAGAGCUCACUCCAAGCAGAGACAACGUUGCCAACGCCAUGCUGUUCUGUCUCGACCGAGCAGAUGCAGCGGAGGAAGUCGUGGGACACAUUGCUGACUCUUUUUCCUUGCUUCAAACACCACUUCAGAUUAAGAUUUCCAGAUUGUAUCUUGUGUCGGAUAUCUUACACAACUCAUCUGCCAAAGUAGCUGGUGCAUCCUAUUAUCGUAAAUAUUUUGAAACAAAGUUACCUCAGAUAUUUGGUGACCUUAAUGCAGCACAUAAAAACAUACAAGCCAGGCUGCAGGCUGAACAGUUUAAGCAAAAGGUCAUGAAUUGUUUUAGAGCAUGGGAAGACUGGGCCAUAUAUCCAGAGCCUUACCUAAUCCACCUUCAAAAUAUCUUCCUGGGCUUCGCCAAAGCAGGGGAGGAGGUAACAGAGACCGCAGAGGAAACAUCCUCUGAGCUUGAUGGUGCGCCAAUGGUCAUAAGACUUCUAGAUGGUUUACCCUUGGACAGAACUCCUGUGGAUGACAUAGAUGGCUGCCCAAUGGGCUGGGACCCUCUGGAUGGUGUCCCUGUUGAUGACAUAGAUGGCGUGCCCCUAAGUGUUGCUGCAGAUGACAUCGAUGGGAUGCCCUUAGAUGAAAGUGCACCUCUACCCAGAAUGCCUUUGUCUAAAUGGGAGAUGACCAGUGCUACUGAGACAUUUUCUCAAGCCAAAACUGAGUCCAAGUGGGGCACUGUAGGGAAGCAGGACGGUGAAGAAGUUAAUAUUAGCUGCAACUCACAGGAUGAAGACGAUGGUUCAGAGAGUGAUAGUAGCGCUGGUUCCUGCAGCUCGCCAAACUACGACAGUGCAGUUUUCCAGAGCUCACUCAGAAGUUUUCAAAUGUCCGAGAGUAAAAGGAAAAAGUUGAGGGAGCUCGAGGUAAAGGUUAUGAAGAUACAAGAUGAGCUGGAAUCUGGCAAAAGGCAGAGGAAGUCAGGCAUGAGCAUACAAGAACAAGUGGAACAUUACAGAAACAAACUGCUGCAGAAGGAGUUUCAAAAAGAUGAAGAAAAGAAUGAGAGAUCAAAGUCCAAAGACAAACCAAAAGAUGACAAGAAAAAUAAAGAAAGAAGCAAAAGAAAUGAAGGGGACAGAAGACGGAGCAGUAAUCCUGAUGACCAAUCUCGAAAAUCAAGGAGCAUCUCUCCUUCAAAGAGGACAAGGUCUCCCAAGUGGUCUAAGCGGUCCCGAUCACCAUCUCCAAACCGGAAGACCAGCAAAUCCAGGUCACGGUCGCCACAUCGUUCACACAAGAAAUCGAAGAAGAGCAAACACUAACUGGACUCUGAACCUUGUCAUCUGUCGUUGUGCUGCGUUGGCCUGCUGGUGUCAGAUACGCAACCUGCAGCACGCUCUAAAAACAGGCAGUCGUCUGUUCUCUUGGUUCGAACGUGAACUAUCCGUGCAAGAUUCAACACCCUUUUCUAUUAUGAAGUUUAAACGCUGUAACUAAUUAUAUAUUUUUGUUUUCAUGUUUGUUUUUAAAUUGAUUUCCAGAAAUGUUACUGCAAGUUUCUGACACUAAAUAAAUCACUUUUGGUGAUAAA